AAAGUAGUCGUUACCCAACACUGACGGAUAAACAUCAAUGCAUCAAUUUUCUCUUAGUUAAUUUUCGUUGACAAUACGCAAAAUGACUGAGGAGACUUCACCCUCAAUACAUACAGUUUGCCGUACUUGUUUGUCCAACCUGCAACACAAUGAAGCCUUUGAUCUGUUUGUUGUUCCGGGACUCGCCAAGAAGUUGUGUGUCUGUACUUCGCUGUCGGUGGAGCACCUGGAUGGAUUCCCCAGAAACCUCUGCACCACCUGUCACAGCCGUCUUAAUGAUUUGCAUGACUUUCAGAAGCAAUGCGUGGACUCUGUGCAAAAAUUUAAGGAGUUAAUAUCCAGCACCUGUAUUGUAAUCACAACUAUUCCGGAGGACGAUCCUGGCGUCGUGGAUGCUGCUGUGCAGGAUGUUGUCCAUGAUGAGGAGCACAUUAAUUUCGACCCACUGUUGGAUACAAAAAUGGAAGUUGACAACGAGGCGGAUGUUUUUAAAAUGAUUGAAGAUGUUGACAAGGAAUCCGAGGAAGUAGAUAAUCAGGAGGAUGCAUUUAAUGACAGCGGAAGCGACUAUAACAAUGAAGAUGCGGACUUCCAAGUGGAUAGCAGCGAUUCCGAUGAUGAGAUGCCGUUGUCCCGCCUGCGAAGUACUUCAAGAGCCACAAAGUCCAAGACCAAACAGGAUGAUAAGGAUAAGUCUAAAGAGAAGCCGAAACGUAAGCGGAUUCCAGCUGCUGAGCGUGAGCUUCAUCGCUUAAUCGAGUGUCACAUUUGUCGCCAGAAGUUCAAGAAAGCAGUAUGUUAUGAGGAGCAUAUGAAACGCCACAAUGAUCUCUUGCCAUUUCAGUGUACAGUGAAAAAGUGCCAGAGGGGAUUUACGACUUCCACAGGACUGAAACAUCAUAUGGAGCAUGCACAUACGGAACUAUGCGAUCUUCAUCCCUGCACAGUCGAAGGAUGCAACGAAGCCUUUGCUCAAACUCGCAUGCUCACUCAACAUCUGAGGAAGGUGCAUAAUAUUGCCAAACCGGAAAUCCAUCCAUGCUCCGAAUGUGAGAAAGUAUUCCGUUGUCCAAUGGCAUUGAAGAAGCACAUGUAUAAACACACUGGCGAGGAACUUCCAUUCGGCUGUAACAUCUGCCAGAAACGCUUUCGGGUCAAUACUGAACUUAGAGAUCAUCUUUUGCGUCAUGCUGGGAUCAGAAACUUUGUUUGUCCUUAUUGUGGCGUGGGCAGGACCACAAAACAGGAGCUGGACAAGCACAUCUUGACACAUACGAAGGAGAAGAAGUUCAAGUGUGAUCAAUGCGAUCAUACCUCCCACAACAAACAAUGUAUGACCAAGCACAUCAAGGUGGUGCACAUGAAGAUCAGGAACUACUUAUGCCAGUAUUGCCAAAAGUCCUUUGCCAGCGCUUAUCACUGCAAGAACCAUGAGAAACUGCACACUCGGAACGAUUGCUUCGAGUGCAAGAUCUGCGGCAGGAAGUUUCUCUUUGAGAGCAGAUUAACGAAACAUUUGAGAACACAUGCCAAGAAAGGUAGCAAAACCACUGCGAGCUCGACAAAGACAGAAACUGAUGUGGAAACUGCACAGACGGAGUCGACAGAAGUCAUGAAAGUACCAGAAAUUCCAGUCAAGCCGAGAGAUCCGCGUCGCAUUGAGAUUGUGGAUAUAUCUCAGUUGGCUGGCACCAUUGUUAAUCCCAUUCCAUCGGUAUCUGUAUCCUCCUGGUCGCCGCAGGAGAACUUCACCAAGAACGAGGGCCAGAUCGUUUGUCCAGACUGUGGACGAGGCUUCAACCAUCUGAGCAAUAUGAAACUGCACUACAAAGUUGUACACGAAAAGAUCAAGGACUAUGCCUGUCGCUUCUGUCCCAAACGCUUCAGCAGAUCUCAAUAUCUCCGUCACCAUGAGUACACACAUACGGGAGAAAAGCCAUACGAGUGUAAAGUGUGUAAUCAAAGGUUCAGACAUGAUGCCACAUUGGGAAGACACAUGCAAUCGCACAACAGACCUCCAAAGGAUCCAAAGAACCCAAAGCGUCAGAGAAAAGAUCCUCAGGAGCCGAGACUGACACUGAACACGGAACCAAUAAUGAAUUACGAACAGUACCAGGAUCCAGAUGCAGAGCGAGAGGCUGCAACGGCUGAGUUGGUGGCCCAACAACUCAACCGGGAGGAAGGUGAUGCCAAGCCCAAGUGGGGACUAGCCAAGGGUGGGGAGGUUCAGGAGGCAGCCUGCGAGCAGCUCCAGAAGUUGCGACAGAAGCAACUCGAGAAGGUUUCCUAUGACAGCUUCGCUGACCAAGUUCCCGAAUCUGGUAUUCGCAAGGACAUAGCCAAAAAUCAUGUAUAAACAAACUGUAUAUUAAUCCUUGCCUGUAAUUUUGAUUCCUUAAUGUACAUACUUUCUGAAUCGACAAUUUUUUUAAUUCAUUAUAUUAUUAGAAUCUUAUAUUA